AAGUAUCUGCGUCAUUCGUACCGGAAGUCAGUAUCAGCUGAUUUGAACUGUUUUUAAUGGGAAUAGCUGCUGCCGCCGCUGGGAGAAUGUGCUUAUCGCCUUUAUCUUUAAAACACGAAAAAUACACAAGCAAAUAAGACAAAAUUCCGUGGUAACCUGACAUCACAGAUAAAUGUUGAAGUUGUAAUUUUGCUACGUUAUCUGGCCGAAUUCUGUGUAGCUGGCCAGCUAGCUAACUACGUUACUAGGAAAAACAAGGCAUGAAUAAAUACUAGAUACUAUGUACAGAUGUCGUGCCAGGUACAGGGACAGUAUUUUAUUGGAUAAAACAGACAAGGGCAUUUCGUAAUUUAUUGACGAAGACAGCUGAGAAACUUAUUGGGUAGCAAUAAGAAGCGGGUGUAAUAUUGAUCACAUCGUUAACUACGUUUUAUUAUCCGACUGUUUGAAUUUUUUUAACAUAAAUCUGUGAAGCAGUAAAUUGCCGAUAACGUUCUAGUGACUGACUGGAAGCGGGUGAAACAGAAGACGAGGCUUUUAGAUACGGACUUGGCGAUUUUGAGCACUGGGCUGUUCUGAUACUGAUUAACAUUUUUAUUGAAUUGACGGGGCCGUUCCUGCUGGUUUUUACGUGCCAGUGUGUUUUUGUGUAUGCGUAUUUUAUUAAUUAUUAAUCUUAAUAACAGGAACGUUAGCUAGGUUGUUUUGUGUUAUUUAAACUUGGCAAACAGCGGUGCCACAUUACCGGGGCGGCAAAGCGACUCUGCUGCAGGGAGCCUCCGACUUUUCUUCCGCUGCUUAGGUGUCACGGCGUUGCUUAAACGUGACUGCUGUUAAUGUCGCCGAUCCCGACGGUCUUCGAGGACUAGUUCCCGUCGAGGUGUUUUGCCGGCGUUGUUUGUAAGCUAAGCCUAAUAGCCCGAGUUCAGGCGGGGAAGCGAGCUGAACACCAGACCACCAACUCGCCAAUGCUGGAUCUGGAGGUCGUUCCGGAGAGAUCGCUAGGAAAUGAGCAAUGGGAAUUCGCACUAGGGAUGCCAUUGGCCCAGGCCAUCUCCAUUCUGCAGAAACACUGCCGCAUAAUCAAGAAUGUGCAGGUCCUUUACAGUGAGCAGACACCACUCAGUCAUGACCUCAUUCUCAACCUGACUCAGGAUGGAAUUAAACUACUGUUUGAUGCCUGUAAUCAGAGACUGAAGGUAAUCGAAGUCUAUGACAUGACUAAGGUGAAACUGAAAUACUGUGGAGUUCACUUUAACUCUCAGGCUAUCGCACCCACCAUAGAACAGAUCGACCAGUCCUUUGGCGCUACACACCCAGGAGUUUACAAUGCCGCUGAACAGCUCUUCCACCUGAAUUUCCGAGGGCUCUCCUUCUCCUUCCAACUGGAUUCCUGGAGCGAAGCUCCGAAAUAUGAGAUUCCUCAUGGGGCAACAGUGAAGCGCAUGUUCAUUUACACCGGGAACAGCUUGCAGGACACCAAGGCUCCGGGGAUGCCUCUGGCCUGUUUCCUUGGCAACGUGUACGCGGAGAGCGUGGAUGUCUUAAGGGAUGGGGCUGGCCCACUAGGCCUCCGACUCCGCCUCCUCACGGCAGGAUGUGGGCUGGGGGUCAUGGCAGAUGCGAAGGUCCGCACCCUUGAGAGCAGCAUCUACUUUGGAGACUCCUGUCAGGACGUCCUCAGCGCUUUGGGCUCCCCACACAAGGUGUUCUACAAGUCCGAGGAUAAGAUGAAGAUCCAUUCCCCCUCCCCACAUAAGCAGGUUCCCUCCAAAUGCAACGACUACUUCUUCAAUUACUUCACUCUGGGAGUGGAUAUAUUGUUCGAUGCCACUACGCACCUAGUGAAGAAGUUCGUCCUCCACACCAAUUUCCCCGGUCAUUACAAUUUCAACAUAUACCACCGCUGUGAUUUCAAGAUCCCACUUGUUGUGAAGACUGAAGGUGCUGAGGCUCAGCCCGAAGACUGCAUCCUGACCACCUUCAGCAAGUGGGAUCACAUUCAGCAGCUCCUGGGUCAUCCUAUGGAGAAGCCUGUCGUCCUCCACAGGUCAUCGUCUGCGAACAACACCAACCCUUUUGGCUCAACCUUCUGCUUUGGCCUGCAGAGGAUGAUUUUUGAGGUGAUGCAGAACAAACACAUCGCGUCAGUCACCCUGUACGGCAGCCCACGGCCCAGCGCCCAGGCCCGAACCGGGCCCCAUGCCCCCCCCGCAUUUACACCCAUCCUGCCCCCUCUGAGUUCCGUCCACAUCUAG